AUGGCCAGUUCACAGCAGCCUCAGCUGCCAGUGCUCCCUGGACCCCCUUAUCCCCCAACAACUGCGCAGUUAGGUCUAGUCCCCUCUAUCAUCCCCGAUGUCCCCAUUUCUUCCGCCCUACUAGCCCUCUUCCUCGGAGGGGCUGCCACCAACCUGGUCAUCUUCCGCGCCAAUCGCAAGCGUGGCUUUCGCUUCGUUUUCUCCAUGGUUUUCUUCGUCUUCUGUGUCAUUCGCAUCGCUGCCCUGGCCCUGCGUAUAGCAUGGGCCUGCCACAAGCGAAAUGUGCGGCUCGGGAUCGCGGCACAGAUCUUCACGGCCGCCGGAGUAUUGGUGCUGUUUGUUUCCAACCUGGCGUUUGCGCUACGCUUCGUAAGGGCGUAUCAUCCGUCUUUGGGGUGGAAGCAAUGGGUGAAGUGUGUGUUUGGGGUUUUAUUUGCGAGUGCCGUCACGGUGUUAGCCAUGGUGAUCACUGUGACGGUUCAGGGGUUCUUUGUGAAGGAGGGCAGCUCAGUGAAGGAGAUUGAUCGAAAGAUCCAGUUGGUUUGUGGGACGUAUUUGGCGGCAUAUGCGUUCUUGCCUGUGCCUAUCGCUGUCGGCGCAGCGUUAUGGCCAAAGAGGACAAGGAUUGAUCCAUUUGGACAGGGACAGUUGGGGACGAACCUCGGAUUGCUGACGACCGGGGCAUUACUGCUCACUGCAGGGGCAACCUUCAGGGCAGUAGUCACAUUUCUCCAGAGACCGAUUAGAGAUCCGGGAUGGUUCCAUAGCAGGGCGUGCUUCUAUAUCUUCAACUUUACCAUCGAGCUGUUGGUGGUAUAUUUGUACACUCUGGCGAGGUUUGACAAGAGGUUUCACGUCCGGGAUGGCAGCUCAGCUCCGGGGCACUACUCCUGUGUUGACCUCAAGCAGGGAGACAUGACUGCACUUGCAGAAGCCAUGAGUGCUGCGAAUGAAAGGAUUGAGGAUAAUGAGGGAGACAGGAAGUCGGAUAGUAGAUGGCGGAUUGGAAGCAGGCCAAAGAGUGCGAACGAUUCGUACGUGGCUCGGCCUGUUGAGAUGAGCAACCAGGAACGGGAUGCUGACCUUGCUUGGUUGGCGUGUGCUCUGAACAUAUUAUACGGCGAAGAACUAGACAAGCAGGCCUCAUGA